GGAACAAGCAAUAGAAUUUCCUAUAUCAACAAUUUUUCAUCACUUCUGAUCACUUUUUAAUCAGCCAAAUUUGGGGUUCAUCCGAAGCUUAAUACAUGCAGUUCCACUGAUUCCUAGAGUAUAGCAGUGCUGCUGCAAAAUUGUUGAGAGCAGUUAAAGCGCGUCAAAUGGAGAAGAAGGAAAAGAAGAAAGAAGGGAGUGAUGGGAAGAGAUAUUGUAUGCUGGAUUUACUCAAAGAUUGCAUCUAUAGAACUCUAAUUAAACUUGACGUCGAGUCACUUCAGAGAUCAAAGUUUGUUUGCAAGGCAUGGUACAAGAUGAUCAGCAACACUAUUUUCAUCGAAGACCGUCUUUGUCGCUCCGAAAUGGGUUUGAUCUUUCUAUAUAAGUCGUCAGAAAAAGAAACUAGUUCAAAUGAAAACGUGUUUCACGUCGAGCAACAUUAUCUCUCGAGAAAAACGGGAAUCAACUGGAUGCCUCGAAUUGACCAGUACGAAGCAGAGUUGAACUUGCGAUUCAUGGAGAUUAAAGAUGGGAAAAGCACAGUAAGAUCUUUGAAGUUAAACACCUAUGGGCAAAUACGAGCUGUGUGCAACGGCUUUCUUCUACUCGAAAGCAAAACAAAAUGUGGUCCAAUUGUCAUCAAUCCUGUGACUCGAGAGUACACUGUUCUUUGUCGUGGUACAGAAACUCUCCUCCCACGGUUUGAAUCUUAUGGACUUGCUUUCAGUCACGGAACGGAAGAGUAUAAAGUCGUACAUUUGUUUCGAGAUGAUUUACAGUUUUUCGGAUGUGAGAUUAUAGUGGUGGGCUCUCAUACAUGGAGGGCAGUUGAUGGUCCUAGUUCUGGACUUAUAAAUCAGUUGGGAAAGGCUCCAAUUGUUGCCAUUGGAGCUUUUCACUGGAUGCCUCAUAUUGAGAACAGUGAUUACAUAGUGUCAAUGGGCAUUGAUGAUGAAAAAUUUCGCAAAAUCAAGUUGCCAAAUCCUAGUGGAAAAUUUGAUGGUUUAGUUGAUAUGGGUGGAUGCUUAUCGUUCCUGAAUCAGGUCAGUCUGAAUCAACUUGAUGUUUGGAUUUUGGAGGAUUUACAUGGAAGUAAGUGGACCCUGAAACACAAAAUUACAGUUGGAUCGACAAUUUGUAUGGUUCCUGUUGGUUAUAAUUCGAGAAACAACGAGUUAGUUUUAAAGAAAGGUCCAUCGUUGGGUACUUAUGAUUUUGAGCAGAGACAAAUGAAGUGGAUUGAAGGUUGUUCUCCAUAUAUGGAAUCCUAUAUGCCUCAUUUUAAUAGCUUAGUCUCUUGGAGGAAUCGUAGAGAUCAGCGACUAGAAGAUGUCUGAUGCCAAAUUUCUUCCAGCAUAUACGCCUGUCCAAGGAUAUGUUCUGAAAAUUGCUAAAGAGUUUAGAGAUUUUUCAUUCAGUUUUUGUUACUGGUCUGGUGGUGCUUAUGGGAUGGCUGUAUCAAUCUGGUUGAAUCAACCCCAGCUUUAAACGGAGUCCCACACUCUGUCUGAAGAGGAUCUCAUUUCCCCCAGGACUUGAAAUUAGUAGUCAAACAAAGAAAUGCACCGGAUUUUCGGAAUUCCAACGGAUAAAUACAAUCAGUUCCAAAAGAGAGAUUUUCUCUGUAAAACCCCAUCAAGAACUUCUACUCACUAUUUUUAUCAGCAAAAUAUGGAUUCAUCCAGAGCUUAAUAGAUGCAGUUCGACUGAUUCACUGAGAGUAAAGAUGCAAAAGAUGGCAAAAGUGGACUGCAGCAGUACUGCUGCAAACUUGUUGCAAGUAGUUCAAGCGCGACAAUUCAUGAAGGAGGAACAAAGGAAGAAAGAGGAACUGGAGAAGAAGGACAAGGAGAAAGAAGAGAAUGAUGGGAAGAGAUACAGUAUGCUAGAUUUACCAAAAGAUUGCAUCUACAGAACUCUUAUUAAACUACCCAUUGAGUCACUUCGGAGAUCAAGUUUGGUUUGCAAGCCAUGGUACAAGAUGAUCAACAACUCUAUUUUCAUCCAAGCCAUCUUCGUCGAUCCCAAAUGGGUUUAAUCUUUCUAUUUAAGUCGACCAGAAAAGAAAGUGAUAAAAACGUUUUCCAUGUCGAAAAAAAUUAUCUUCGGGGUAAAGUAGGAGCCAACUGGAAGUCUCGAAUCUAUCAGUACGAAGUAGAGUUGAAUUUGCAAUUCAUGGAGAUUAAAGAUGGGAAAAGCAUGGUAAAAUCUUUGAAGCUAAGCUCCUACGGAAAAAUACAAGCUGCGUGCAACGGCAUGGUUCUACUCGACAACAGCAGAAUUUGUGGUCCAAUUGUCAUCAAUCCUGAGUACACUGCACUUCGUCAAGGUACAAAAGUUCCCCCACAGGAUGAAUCUUAUGGAUUUUCUUUCAGUGACAGAACCGGAAAGUAUAAAGUCGUACAUUUGUUUCGAGAUCAUCUGCGGUAUUUCGGAUGUGAGAUUGCAGAGGUCGGUUCUCAGACAUGGAGGGCAGUUGAUGGUCCUAGUUUUGGACUUAUAAGUCAAUUGGUAAAGUCUCCAGUUGUUGCCAGUGGAGCUUUUCACUGGAUGCCUCACAUUGAGUACAAUAAAUACAUAGUGUCGAUGGGCAUUGAUGAUGAAAAAUUUCGCAAAAUCCAGUUACCGAAAACUAGUGGAGCAUAUGAUGGUUUAGCUGAUAUGGAUGGAUCCUUAGUGUUUGUGACUCACACCAAUUAUAAUCAACUUGAUGUUUGGAUUUUGGAGGAUUUAGAUGCAAGUAAGUGGAUCUUGAAGCACCGAAUUAUUACUGGUGGAUUGACUUUGUGCAUGGAUCCUGUUUGUUAUAGCUCAUACAAGUUAGUUUUGAAGAGAGGCAUAAACAAAACGUUGUUUAUGUAUGAUUUCGAGCAGAGAGAGAUGAAGGAGAUUGAAAUGGGUGAAGGUUGUUCUCCAUAUGUGGGAUCUUACGUUCCUCAUUUUAACAGCAUAGUCUCUUGGACAAAUCGUAUAGGUCAGGAACUAGAAGAUGUCUGAUGUUAAAUGUGCUCUUCCUUUGUGCUAGGUAAUCUCUUUUUUGUGUGGCUCUUCCGUUUUCCAGCAUAUGUCUGUCCUGCAACACCAUUUUGUGACCUUUGGUAGGCUGGUUGAGCUUGGUGUAGAAUACUUUCACUAAAAGCCAGCUUCUCUGGUGUGAUCUCGCACGUCAAAGUUGUAUAAAUUGUAUUUGUGGAACAUGACCAGUUCUGCUUCUGAUUGCCAAGCACCCUCAAAGUUGGAAUACACCUUGAAAAGUUGGCUUCUCUGAUGCACUAUAUGAUGGCUUGUUAGAGGUGACUUCGCUAAACGCCUAAACAUAACUUGCAUAAGCUUGCAAAUACCUUCUGGCAUUGCCCAACACCAAUUCUAGAAAUAACUUGCAUAUUCUUGGUUGGAAACUUUAAAAUUUUAAAUAAUUUCCCCUUUAAUUUAUAAUGUGGUUGUGGACCUCGUGGUAGUUGAAAAGGAGUCCAACACUCCAACAAGCCAUCAUAUAGUGCAUCGUUCUCUUGCUUUCU